CGCUGCCAUUUUUCUCGUCAUUUAUCUUCUUCCUCCUAAGUUAUCUCAAUUGCACCAGUUUAAAUCUAUAAUCGGUGCUGGUCCGCUGCUUGUCUGGUUGAGCAUCGAUCGAGGAGCUCCUUAUCAAUCAUCAUUGCGUUAUCGUCAUCGUAUCCUUCCCCACAUCCCUGUUUUCCAGCUGGGUAUUUCAGUGCCCCUGGCCCCUCAACCCAUUUCUCCCUUUCAAACCCAUCUCCUCUCAAUUAAUUCAUCACAAUGGCUGCUAUCUUCCGCUCCAGCUUGAGGCUCCGCCCGACGACGCGCCUGUCGGCCGUCCGCACUCUCACCACUACUCCGCACAUGCGCGCUGCGGAGAAGCCUUAUUUCCCCGAUGAGCCUUCUGCUCCCAAGCUGGCCACGGCCAUUCCUGGCCCCAACAACAAGGCUGCUGCUGAGAAGCUCGACAAGGUCUUUGAUGUGCGCAGCUUGAACAUGCUGACUGAUUACUACAAGUCCCACGGUAACUACAUCGCCGAUCUGGACGGAAACGUGCUUCUUGAUGUCUAUGCUCAGAUUGCCUCCAUCCCCGUCGGCUACAACAACCCCCACCUCCGCAAGGUGGCAGAGUCUCCCGAGAUGGUCAAUGCUUUGAUCAACAGACCGGCUCUGGGUAACUUCCCCUCUCACGACUGGGCUGACAUCCUGGACACUGGUAUCCUCAAGGCUGCCCCCAAGGGCCUUAACCAGGUGUUUACCGCCCUGGCCGGCUCGGAUGCCAACGAGACUGCCUACAAGGCCGCCUUUAUGUACUACCGUCAGCGCGAGCGUGGUAGCGCUGAGACCGAGUUCACCGAGGAGGAGCUGGAGUCUACCAUGAAGAACCAGUCCCCUGGUUCUCCUCAGCUGUCCAUCAUGUCCUUCAAGUCGGCCUUCCACGGUCGUCUGUUCGGCAGUCUGUCUACAACCCGCAGCAAGCCCAUCCACAAGCUGGACAUUCCCGCCUUUGACUGGCCCCAGGCCCCCUUCCCCUCCCUGAAGUACCCCUUGGAGGAGCACGCUCAGGAAAACGCUCAGGAAGAGCAGCGCUGUCUGCAGGAGACUGAGCGUCUCAUCAAGGAGUGGCACAACCCCGUCGCCGCUGUUGUCGUCGAACCCAUCCAGUCGGAGGGUGGUGACAACCACGCCUCCCCUGCCUUCUUCCGUGGCCUGCGUGAGAUCACCAAGCGCAACAACGUUCUCUUCAUUGUUGAUGAGGUGCAGACUGGUGUGGGUGCCACCGGCAAGUUCUGGGCCCACGACCACUGGAACCUGGAGACUCCCCCUGACAUGGUGACCUUCUCCAAGAAGGCCCAGACCGCCGGUUACUACUAUGGCAACCCGGCCCUGCGUCCCAACAAGCCUUACCGUCAGUUCAACACCUGGAUGGGUGACCCGGCCCGUGCUCUGAUCUUCCGUGGUAUCAUCGAGGAGAUUGAGCGCCUGAACCUGGUGGAGAACACUGCUGCCACCGGUGACUACCUCUUCUCCGGCUUGGAGCGUCUCGCCAAGCAGUACCCCGAGCACCUGCAGAACCUGCGUGGUAAGGGCCAGGGAACCUUCAUUGCCUGGGACACGCCCAAGCGUGACGAGUUCCUGGUCAAGGCUAAGGGCGUUGGUGUCAACAUUGGUGGCAGCGGCCAGAGCGCCGUCCGCCUGAGGCCCAUGCUGGUCUUCCAGAAGCACCAUGCUGAUAUCCUCCUGGAGAGCGUUGAGAAGAUCAUUAAGCAGUUGUAAGCAGCUGCACGGUCGAUUUGAUUGAACUCUAGUUUAUGAGUAUUGGCGUUUAGCGGAACUUGGGAUGGGGACAUUUCUUUUUCAUGAUAUUU